AUUGGCUGUAGUUCGGAAGACGCAAGUGAUGACACUCGAUUUGUUGUAUGUGGACGUCUUUAAUAUCAGUUGUCGUCCCUAUUACGCAGAUCUGUAUAUAUAUUCUCCGCCUCCUCGGGCCUGAGUCAACGUGGGGGUCUAUUUUAUUUGCACCAAACUUUCACCACUCAUUGCCUAUAACACGAUCACAUGAAGGUAAUCGCCCAAUGCGUACACCUCUUGAUGCGAAGACAGGCCUUGGACAGCCUCCCGCGAAGCCCUUUUCAUCACCUUCCGGAGAUCUCAAAUGCCGUCCCUGCGUUCCAUUUCUUCUCAUUUCUUUUUCAUGGACUAUUUCCAGAAGCCCCUAAUGAAAAUAGAUGUGAACAACAAAAUGGCGACACUAGGAACAGUCUGAUAUCUCUCCUGGCCAUGAGGACGGGGACUUGCCCAGUACACUCUAUAAAUGCUGUUCAGCUUAGGCCAUGUACAGUCAUUUCCGCCCUUGCAAUACCAGUCCUACGAACACGCAAGCCGAAGGCCCAAUGUGCUUCACCCUCCAUGUGGCAGAUGUUUACGCAUGCAUGCACCAAGUCGUCACCAAACGUCAAAGAGUAUGUGGAUUGUAAUAACCGCUUCUGUCGGUAUAGCAGUAUGCAUCUAUACGACCAGCACAAUUGUAUCGCUACAUGCGCCCAAACCAUGAACGCCGAACAGACCGUGGUUAUGAAUUCGGUCUCCCGACCCUGCGAUAAUUGUCGAUAUCCGCCGGCAUGAUGAUGGAAGGAUCGGGACGGACGAUGUCAGGGAAAAAAUUGCACGCGCUGUGCUCGGGUAUACAUUUGCUUUUUAAGGGAAACUUCGAAUGACCAAGGUUGUGUUUGAUCUGCCAAUCUUCUCACUCCAUUUAAGUCACCGGUGUGCCUCUUCUUAAUAUCCAGGCCAC